CUGAGAUACCCCCACCCUGAUUCACCCAACUCUGCCAUAUCGACAAAGAUGGCAGAGAGGAUGAAGAGGGCGUUUUUGAUGCUAGUAUUUUUGUCCAAUGUGCACUUUGCACCGAACAGUUUACAAGGUAAUUGGGAACCUACGAGUUCAUCCAAGAGCUGCAAAGAGGAUUAGCGUGGCUGCUUAGCUUAGUUACCUCCAGUGAGGAUGAGGACGAAGGAGGGCAGCUGCACCAUCUGUCUGCCAAGUGGUCACUUCACUGCUGCGCUCAAUGGAGACCAGUCUGGAGCUGGACGUCUUGAUUUACCCCAACGAGGUGAGGAUCGCAACCCCUGAGGACAUCCGAGAAUGGGAGCUGGAAACCGCCAGUCGGGUGUCCGAAGCUGCCUACCCUCGACUCUUUGUGGCGCUCUACCCUUACAACCCUGCGGCCAUGUCGCCCAAUCCUGACACUGCGGCCGAGGAGUUGCCCUUUGUGCCCGGACAGAUCAUCAAGGUGUUCGGGGACAAAGACUGCGACGGCUUCUACCACGGAGAAUCGGGCGGCCUCUCGGGCUACGUGCCGAGUAACAUGGUGGCCGAAGUCCCAGUGGAUGACGACUAUCUCAAGCAUCUGCUCAUGCAGCAGGGCUUCAUCCCUGUGGACCAAACAGGAAUGUCUUUGACUCCUGAUGUGAGCGAGGUGUCCAGUGUUCCUGAAGGCACGGAAGUACGCAGAAUGGUGGCCAUAUUUGACUACGACCCCUGGGAAAGUUCUCCUAAUGUUGACAGUGAAAAUGAACUGGGCUUUUGUUCGGGUGACAUCAUUUAUGUUUUAGGAGACAUGGAUCCAGACGGAUUCUACUACGGUGACCUUAAAGGAAGACGAGGCUUGGUCCCGUCCAACUUCCUGCAGCCUUUACCGUGGGAUUAAAAUAUUAGCUUGUUUGCUAAUGAAUACACAUGAACAAUUCUAUCCUGCCAAUGCUAAUUAAAUCUAAAUUAAUUAACCAGUUCUAACCUAAUCCGUAUGAACAACAAGACACUGAGUAAAAACAGAGCUACCUGUGCACUUUUAUUGAAACAAACCACUUGUAUAGAAUACAAAAAAUGAGUCCAAACUAUAAAAAAAAAAAAAAAAAAAUAUCACAUUUUGUAAGAAUUUAUUUAAAAACAACACAACAGCUUACAUUGUUCAACGUUUUUAUAUAUAUUUUUAUACAUGUUUUGGCCUUGUACAGUUGUAUUUUACUUUUUGAGCUUUGUUGCAAUGUUCUAUGUGAAAAAAAUACCAGAUGUCAGAUAAAUAUUGAGCAAAUAAUUGUAUUUAAUCUUUUUUGUAUUCUGUGUCAAUAUUUAAGCAAUGUCUUUCCUGCUUUUGCAAAUAAAGACCAACCUUUAAAAAACGCAUCUUAAGCAGUGCUUAUUAGAUUUUUUUUUCGCUAUAGAGGAAAAAAAAGAAAAAAUAACAACAGCAUCAAUUUAUAUAAAAUUUUCAAUUGAAUGAGACGGAGUCGCUCCUUGGUGUCGAUCCUCUGCAGCCAACAGUCUCGUCAUCCAUAAAGUAGGAAACACUACACAGUGCAGCAACGUUUAGUAGUGCUUUCUACUUUAUGGCCGACAAUACUGAACAUCCGCUUCUCGAUCGUCCUGUCGUCGUAGCACAACCUAUACAACAUAUACUGUACAUCCGAAAACACUUAGCAGUUUAAAGCAUUGACGAUAAUUUCAACAAAAGACGAUUUAAUCCAGCAUCAAACAUCGGCUUGCUUGUCAAGGUCUUACCAGCGUUUGGCCUCCUCAGAAGAAAGAAAGCAAGAAGUGAACGUGAUCUUUUUAUGAACUCCGUCUGAACCACGUGCUUCACACAGGAAAUGCUCCAACAGUCACACACACUCACACACACGCACACGCACACACAAGCUAUACAACGCACACAUGACAUUAAACACCUCCAUCAAAGACAUACACAUGACUGUUAAGCAACAAAAGGCACAACAAUGCAAAGCAACACGCAUAUCGGAAAUAAAAUAGAUGUUUUUUAAUGUUGUUAGUUUUUGUGUGUCGUGUUUGUCUCAUUGCACAAGUGCACACAUGAAAAAUGCACACACUUGAAGGUGUGACAGAUAGCGUGCGCUCAUCAUCCCUUUUAAGGACAAAGUGUAGCAGUGUUUCAGUCGCGCGCUAAAGCAGCUAACCGCAAUGCUCAUUUCAUGCUUGUGGAGCCGCGUCGUUUGUCCACAAAAGUGUCUCAACAUGACGAGUAAAAUAGUCUCAGUUAACGUGCAUUUAUUAUUGCUUUAAUUCAGUUGUAUUAAUGUAACUGGACCGUUGUAUAUGUGUAAGAAUCAUAUUAACACACACAGACACUGUGAUUGCAAAUUAGAUCUCUUGCAUGUAUACACUCAGCAGGCACAAGACAUUGAAACAACGUUGAUUAUACAUGCAUGUCCUUUAAAACUGACCUCGAAACAACGUUGCAAAAUAGUUGUAUUUGUAUAUUGCGACAAUGUUGAUGUCUUAAUGUUGGAUCCACGUGUUUGGUUAGCAAAUGACUAAAUUUCAAUUGUCAAAUCAACGUCAUUGACAUUGAAUAAACGUUGUCAAAAAGCCUGUUGUUUCAACAUUAAAUUUGUGUUUUAGACUAUUGGUUGGGAAAUUACCAAAAUUCAAUGGUCAAAUCAACAUCAAGACCCAACAUUGAUUAAACGUCGUCAAAAGCAUGUUGUUCCAACGUUAUAUUUGAAUUGCUCAACGUUGUUUCAAUUUCUUGUGCCUGCUGUGUAAUGUAUUUUUUGGAGUUUGGAACACCACCAUUUGGAAUUUGACCACAAUUUUUAAAUCUUGAAAGUCGCCCAAAUUUCGAACGAGACGAGACCUCAGUUUGACGAAACUCCAGGCUCAAUGCAAUAAUCUUUCGUUUUUUUUUUUAUUGUCAAUAGUAGAGGAAGAGCAAAAGAAAAACACACAAAGGAAGUGUUGUCGUUUAGGUUAACCAUAGGAAGAAGAAAACGUUUCUUCAGCGCCACACAAAACAAUUGUUAUACCUACGCCUCUGCAUACCAUUUUAUCCUUAACAUUAAAGAAAAGAAAGAAAUGUAGAUCAACUUACAACAAAGAAUAACUUUACUAACUUUUAGGGGUGUGGGAAAAAAUCGAUUCGAAUUCGAAUCGCGAUUCUCACGUUGUGCGAUUCAGAAUCGAUUCUCAUUUUUAAAAAAUAGAUUUUUAUUUUAUAUCUUUUUUUUUUUUUUGUAUUACUAUUUUUUUUUUUAAAUCAAUCAAUCCAACAAAACAAUACACAGCAAUACCAUAACAAUGCAAUCCAUUUCCAAAACCAAACCCGACCCAGCAACACUCAGAACUGCAAUAAUCAGAGCAAUUGAGAGGAGACACAAACACGACACAGAACAAACCAAAAGUAGUGAAACAAAAAUGAAUAUUAUCAACAACAGUAUCAAUAUUAGUUACAAUUUCAACAUAGCAGUGAUUAAAAAUCCCUCAUUGACAUUAUCAUUAGACAUUUAUAAAAAAAAUUAUAAAAAAGAACAAUAGUGUCACAGUGGCUUACACUUGCAUCGCAUCUCAUAAGCUUGACAACACACUCUGUCCAAUAUUUUCACAAAGAUAAAAUAAGUCAUAUUUUUGGUUCAUUUAAUAGUUAAAACAAAUGUACAUUAUUGCAAUCAGUUGAUAAAACAUUGUCCUUUACAAUUAUAAAAGCUUUUUACAAAAAUCUACUACUCUGCUUGCAUGUCAUCAGACUGGGGUAGAUCCUGCUGAAAUCCUAUGUAUUGAAUGAAUGUAGAAUCGUUUUGAAUCGGGAAAAAAAAUCGUUUUUGAAUCGAGAAUCAUGUUGAAUUGAAAAAAAGUUGAUUUUGAAUCGAAUCGUGACCCCAAGAAUCGAUAUUGAAUCGAAUCGUGGGACACCCAAAGAUUCACAGCCCUACUAACAUUGUUUUCAGUCUGUAACAGAAAAGAUUUAAAGCACAUUCAUUUGGCCGAAUUGUAAAAAAAAAAUAAUAAUACAUAAACCCCUAUUUAAAUUAUAAUUUUUUUUUGACCAACUUGAACUAUUUAAUACUAAAAAAGAAAAUUAAAUAAACUCAAUGAAUAAUGAUUCAUUCAAAUUGACUCAGGAGCACAAAAUAAAAGACACUUUACCCUACAAAACAAAAAUUCAUGCAACAAUUUCUGAUAUAUAUAUUUUUUUAAUUCAAUGACAAAGUCAGAAUUAUUGGCUAUAACGGGUACAUUUUGCAGUGCACAGCUUUUCAAAGCGGGGUUUGAAGCAUAAUUCUGAUAAAGCAUGAUCUCCGGGAUCAAAUUAGAUGCCCCCCACUCGUGUGACUAUGAAGAAAGGCAGAAACACUUUUGUCAUUUUAAGUUAAGGCUUUUUAUUUUUAUAUCGCCAUAGAUCAUUAGUUAGCUUCUUAAUACCUUUAUUAGAGAUGUCCGAUAAUCUCGGCCUGCCGAUAUUAUCGGCCGAUAAAUGCUUUAAAAUGUAAUAUUGGAAAUUAUCGGUAUCGUUUUUUUUAUUAUGGGUAUCGGGUUGUUGUUUUUUUAUUUUUAUUUUUUUUUAUUAAAUCAACAUAAAAAACACAAGAUACACUUACAAUUAGUGCACAUUCACACAAAAGGGUUGUUUCUUUCUGUUAU